UGAUCACGAGUCAGGAAACCAAGCUUUUCAGAACGCCCUCCUCUCUCAGCAACAGAAAUGAGAGGGUGAGAGAAAGAGAGAGAGAGAGGGGGGAAACAGCUAUCGUUUGCCCAGACUUGUGGAGAGACAAGAGUGAGAGAGUAAGUGAAAGAAAGAGAGGGAGGUAGAGAGAGAAUUAGAGAGAGAGAGUGACUGACAGCAGGGGUGAGGAGCAGAUGAGAGGAGAGUUCACAAACUAUUGCAAAGCGUUGGAACAACCACCAGACCUCCAGUUCAAACAUGUCAGGACAGCAGCAGUGGACGCUUCUGGCCGUCAUGGCCCUCCUGGUCCUCACAGUGACAGCAGGCGAGGGGGGGAUAGCUGAGAAACAAGGGAAGAAGGAGCGUAAGUCGGACUGUGGGGAGUGGCAGUGGAGUGUGUGCGUGGCCAACGAGGGUGACUGCGGCCUGGGCACCAGGGAGGGCACACGCACUGGCACCGACUGCAAGCAGACCAUCAAGACCCAGCGCUGCAAGAUCCCCUGUAACUGGAAGAAGCAGUUUGGAGGUGAAUGCAAGUUUGACUUCCAGGCCUGGGGAGAGUGUGACUUGGUGACAGGGAAGAAGAACCGGACUGGGGUGCUGAAACGCGCUCUCAUGGAUGCCACCUGUCCUAACACAGUGAGCGCCACCAAGCCCUGCGGCAAGAUCCCCAAGACCAAGCUGCAAGAUGCCAAGAAGCCGAAGCGGGAUGGGAAGAAGAGGGAGCGCACUCUGAUGGACUAGUGGUGCAUCAUGGGAAUCAGGAAAUGGAAGUUGAUGCUUAUACUGCCCUAUCUCAGCAUGGUUCCUAUUUGUUUGUCCUGUAGGUUUAUAGGGGCCUGUAGCAGCUACACAACAAAGAGUUGGAUAGUAGUGAUAAAAUGUAUUUCUUUCAAAUUUCUCAUAGGAAAAUCUUGUAGGCGAUUUCAUACUUUGCGUGAAUAAUACAAAUUAAGCAUUUCGUACUAAAAUGCUUACCUUAUAAAAAUUUUCAGGAUCAUUUUUGGAAAGUCAAAAUAAAUUAGAUUUUUGUUCAUAUUACAUAACAUCCUUUUUGUUUGAGGUGACAAAACGAUUCUCACUCAAAUAACAAAUAAUUUCUUGCAUGUCUUGAUUUAAAGCAGCUUAAAGUUAAAACCUCAUGCCUUUACUGGGGUUUUAAAGGUUAUUCAACAGCAAAAUUGCUAACAACUUUUCUAACAGUUUUUGAGGGCAUACAUUAAUAAGAAACAUAAGUACUCAUUGAUGUAAAGGAAAUUCCUUUUCCAAUGUUAUCUACAGUGAAAGAUGUAAACUUUUGUCAACUUUUGUAUAAAUGAGCUAAUGUUCUGUACAGCUGUUAGUGUGUAAGAGCUUGUGUCCAGUAUUAGUUCUGGUUCUCCUGCUAUUAUACCUCACUUUGUAGUUCCCCCGCUCUCCAGUUGAACUCUGAGUAAAACUGUUAUUGUAGUUUACAACUGGAGUUGACCUGUCCUAAUCAUCGAUUACAUUAAAAAACAACAACUUUGAAAUGAUGUCCAAAUAUGUGUGAUGUUUACUCACCCUGAUUGAAGUAAUUUCAUGUUCAUAUGAAAUUAUGGAGGCUUAAUAUGAAAGCUAUUUCCAAUUCCGACCUAACAAGAUACAUUUCUCCACACCACUUUAUCAUUUCAAUAAUCUGGACACAAAAUGCCAUUAAACAUUUUUCAUACAUUUUAUUUGAAUUGAUUUAAAAAAUGAAUACGCCUCCAUAAAUCCACUGAAUAUGGUUCAUAUUUUACAGCUUCAUAAGUGAGUGAGUGGCCAGUGAUAUUAACACUCAGCUUCAUUUUCCAGAACUAUUAAACAAUCAACUAAUGGCGCAAAGGAAAUCAUUAACAUUAUUACUGUACAUUAGGGGUGAGGGAGUAUCAUAUUAGGACAAGGGAGGGUGAGAAGGGAAGGGAACAUUCAGAUAGCUAUUAAACAUGUGUAGACUUAUGUACAUUCCAACUGUACCUCAUCCAAAUGACAUAUAAUGUAUACUAUCGAGAUAUAUACAAUUCAAAUAAUACGCUUUUAACAGACAAUAUAUCGACCGUAUUAGGAGCCAUGAGGCACAGCGGAUGAGAGCACAAUGAUUCGAUUUACAUACUGACGAAAAUGAAAAAUUAACACCCUGUACACUCGUAAGAAAAAAAAAGGUGCUAUCUGGAACCUUAAAGGGUUCUUCGGCUGUCCCCAUAGGAGAACCCUUUUAAGAACUAUUUUUGGUUCCAAAUAGAACCCUUUUGGUUCCAAGACAGAGCCCUUUUGGGUUUCAUGUAGGACCCUUUCCACAGACGGUUCUACUUGGAACCAAAAAGGGUUCUCCCUGGAACCAAAAAGGGUUCUCCUAUGGGGACAGCUGAAGAACCGUUUUGGAAGAGUGUACACUGCUGUAUAUACAUUUUCCACAAUAUAAGUUUUCAUCAUUUGUAUUCCAUUUGUCCAUUUGAAGAGAUAUUUAAAUGAAGUCGCACCUACAAUGGUUCAAAAUGGUUCAUUCCCUCGAGACAAGACUUUGAAUAUGUUUCAAUAACAAUUCCCCCUGAUAUCUGGAAGAGGUCCAGAUGUUUCCAAUACUACACUGCAUGUUGCAGCAGCUGGUCUCACAGUUUCUCCCUACGGUCAGUCUGUGUCCCUUUUCACUCAUCACUCAUUUACAAGUUGAGACAAAAUGGAUGCCGAACACACAUCCCUUGGCUGAUCAUCAGCACUUCAUUGUUUGUCAGUAAUGGGGGGUUUUCUCUACAGAUUCAGCAGGUUACUACUUGAUUCUCCUCUUCGACUGAUCGUCAGUCUCACAAAGCCCAAACAUGGGACAGAGUAAAAAAAAAAGUUAAGUGGGACAGUUGAGUGUACUUUAGUUCAGUUUUAAAUGUCACACGGCAGUGGUCCGUUCUCUCAGAAUUGCAUUUGUUUUCUCAUUCGCUAAACAAUGUUUCUUUCUUUCCCACCAUAAUAUUGUCACUCCAAUAAACACAUGUUCAGUCUGGAUGCAGUACUCAUCUAACACAUACUGAUACACUGUUCAAUUCUAGAUUUUGUACAACAAUAUAAUAGAUAUAGCUUUAUAAAAAGUGAUACAAAAUGUACAGUAUGGUGAUCACAUUGUGUUUACAUGUGUUUAGGCAAAAAUAAAUGUUUGUCUUGUAAAUCUU